AUGUCUAUCUAUCUAUCUAUCCCACUCUCUUUACAUCUAUCUAUCUAUCUGACCACAACUAAAUUUUCAUGCUUACCGCCGCUGGCUAGCUGCAAUGCGAAAAGAGGAGCCGAGCGCGUAAGUCUUCCCCUGCCUGUAUAUAGCCUCUCCAUCAGCAAGCCCUAUGUAGUGCCUCCUCGUGGUGACAUAUGGCAACCGAGCACCUUGCGAACUCGGGCUAAACUACAGGGGACGGAGGAGGGGUUUGGCUCCCUAAACAUGAGGCAUGCAGGCCCACCGGUGUGUGGACACGCCCUGAUUUUUAUUGCUGGUAAUAUUUUUUAUCUAUCUAUCUAUCUAUCUAUCUAUCUAUCUAUCUAUCUAUCUAUCUCACUUUCUUUCUUUCUUUCUCUCUUUCUUUCUUUCUUUCUUUUUCUCAUUUUCCUUUUUCCUAGACGUUUUACGUAUAUUCCUAUCAUUUUUAGCUUUCUUUCUUUCUCUCUUUCUUUCUUUCUUUCUUUCUUUCUUUCUUUCUUUCUUAUAAGUUAUUCUUUCUUUUCAUUUUUUCGAUGUUCAUUCUUUCUUUCUCUCCUCAUCCAUUCUUCUUAUUUUCCACGACCUUUUAGGAUUUUUUUUUCCAUUUUUAUCUUAAUUCCAAAAUUACUUUCGCUACCAACUCAUGUUUCUUCUUCCUUUCUCUAUUUCACUUCUCACAAGUGA